CAGUGCGCCUGCGUGCGGGCCGGGCAUCGAGGUUCUUGGGUGUGCUGCGCCGGUCGCCGGGUGCAGCCAUGCAGAGAGACGACUCGGAGCUGCCCUCUAAGCGGCCCCGGUGCGAUGGCAGCUCGAGAACCCCACCAAACACUUCCGCAGCGGCAGACAGGUCCCCGAGCCCGGAACUCCACCCCGACCGCCGCACCUGGGACACAGAGCAGGUGUGCUCCUUCCUAAAGCGCAGUGGCUUCAAAGAGCCCGGAGUGCUGAAAAACUUCCGAGAAGAGAAAAUCACAGGCUCAUUACUGCCCUAUCUUGAUGAGUCUCACCUUGAAAAUCUUGGAGUAAGUUCCUUGUGGGAGAGGAGGAAGCUGCUUAAUGAUAUCCAACAACUGGGUCAAACUCACAGCGAUGCACCGAAGGUAAUUAAUGAUCCUGUCCAUGGUCACAUUGAGUUCCACCCUCUCCUCAUCCAAAUCAUUGAUACACCUCAAUUUCAGCGUCUUCGGUAUAUUAAACAGCUGGGAGGCGGUUAUUAUGUUUUUCCAGGAGCUUCGCACAAUCGAUUUGAGCAUAGCCUAGGGGUAGGAUAUCUAGCAGGAUGUCUAGUUCGCUCACUGUGUGAAAAACAACCAGAGUUGCAGAUAACUGAACGAGAUAUGCUCUGUGUUCAGAUCGCUGGGCUUUGUCAUGAUCUCGGUCACGGGCCAUUUUCUCAUAUGUUUGAUGGAAGAUUUAUUCCACUUGCUCGCCCAGAGAUCAAAUGGAAGCAUGAACAGGGCUCGAUUAAGAUGUUUGAGUACCUAGUUAAUUCUAAUGGACUCAGAGCUGUCAUGGAGCGCUAUGGUCUUAUCCCUGAAGAAGAUAUUUGCUUUAUCAAGGAACUAAUUGCAGGACCACUUGAUUCACCCAUCAAAGAUUCUUUGUGGCCAUAUAAAGGACGUUCUACCGAGAAAAGCUUCCUUUAUGAAAUAGUGGCUAAUAAAAGAAAUGGCAUUGAUGUAGACAAAUGGGAUUAUUUUGCCAGGGACUGCCAUCAUCUUGGAAUCCAAAAUAAUUUUGAUUAUGACCGCUUUAUUAAGUUUGCCCGUGUCUGUGAAGUAGAUAAUAGAAAGUAUAUUUGUACUAGAGAAAAGGAAGUUGGAAAUGUUUAUGACAUGUUCCACACACGCAACUGUUUACACCGUAGAGCUUAUCAACACAAAGUUGGCAAUAUCGUUGAUGCAAUGAUUACAGAUGCUCUCCUCAAAGCAGACCCCUACAUAGAGAUUACAGGUGCUAAAGGAAAAAAGUAUCACAUUUCUACAGCAAUUGAUGACAUGGAAGCCUUCACUAAGUUGACAGAUAACGUUUUUCUGGAGAUUUUAUACUCUACUAAUCCAAAAUUGGAUGCAGCACGAGAGAUUUUAAAAAAGAUUGAAUACCGUAAUCUAUACAAGUAUGUGGGUGAAGUCCAGUCAACAGGACAAACAAAGAUUGGAGAGGAUGACUAUGAAUGCCUUCCAAAAGAGGUUGCUGACGCUAAACCAGACACUGAACUGAAGGCAGAAGAUUUCAUAGUGGAUGUUAUCAACAUGGAUUAUGGAAUGGAGGAUAAGAAUCCAAUUGAUUAUCUUCACUUCUAUAGUAAGAAUGAACCCAACAAAGCUAUCAGGAUUUCUAAAGAUCAGGUUUCACAGCUUCUGCCAGAGAGAUUUGCAGAGCAGGUGAUUCGAGUAUAUUGUAAGAAGACAGAUGAAAAGAGUUUCCUUGAUGCACAACAACAUUUUGUUGAUUGGUCCAUCACCAAAAACUUCAUCAAGCCACAGGAUGAAGUAACACCUCAAAAAUCGGAAUUUAGAUGCACCAUUUCAGCCCAAAGUCCAUUUCAUACCCGAGAAGCAUUCAAAGCCAGAGUCCAGCUUUAUAAGGAUGGUUCAGUGUGAAUGUCUGCAAUUGGUUGUUUACAAAACAAAAGCCGUUUCCCAACACAAUUAAUUUAGGGACUUCGAUCAUAGAGUUCCACACAUUUAGUGAUAACUAGUGCUUUUUAUUUUGUAUUUUGAAUGUGCACACAUGCUGAAGCUAAGUAAUUUUUAUUCAAAGAAAGAUGAUAGACUAGUCUUAGUCUAUAAAUGCUAUGAAAAGCAUUACCUGCCUAUUUUUAAUAUUAAUUAAAGCUUUUCUCCUAUAGUAGUCUAUUUUCUUAGAAUAACAAUUCUUUUAUCUGCUCUGAACUCUUAUCAGAGAUGUUUGUUUUCUGUUUUUAAUUUAGAAAUGAGACAAGAGUACAUAUUGGAAUUAGAAGUUAGAAUUGUCAUGGACAGACAUGGUUAAAAAACAAAACGGGCUAGCCAGUUAGCUCAGUUGGUUACAGCAUGGUACUGAUAACACCAAGGUGCACAAUUAGAUACCUGUACCGGCCAGCCACCAAAACAACAAAAACACUAUGAAAAACAAAACAAAAUCCUAACCCCAUGAGGAGGUACCCAUCACCCCAAGUUUCAGGAUAGCCCUCCUCAAGUGAUCUAAACAUACAUGAAAGUCCCCUCCCCUCACCCUUUCUAGCCCCUGUAAGCUGCCAGGCUGUGGUAAACAGUAGGAGACAAGGGCCAGAUGAGAGGCCUGAUUAAGUUAUUUGAGAAGAUCUGGGGGAUGCCUCUUAAGUGGAGGAUAAAACCACCUUUUAGGAGACCCUUUCUCCACAGUAGCAGAGAGAUCUCUUAAACCCUCAGGCUGUUCUCUGAGUCAGUUGCAGCUCCAGACCUAGGCAGUUUCUUUUUUCUCCUGAAUACUCACUGCCCCAGUCCCAAGGUCCUCACCACUGCCAGCCUGGAGAAGAAGUUCUACCCUCUGACUUGUUCUCCGAGUCUCCCUGAUGAGCGGGUCAGAGGUCAUCACAGAACCUUCCUCAGGGCUACUGAGACCUGGGACUUUGUUUUUGCUGAUUCGGUGCACUUUAUGGAUUUCAGAGCAAAGACUGGACUGCCUGUGCUGAAACUAGUGACUGCCCAGUGAAUUCCAGGUUACUCCUUGUCACUUUAUUUUCCUAGCAGUGGAGUGGGCACCACUGUAGUUGAGCAGUGUGUCACCCCACCCCCACGCCAAGUUCUACAGAAAUUCACCAAGAACAAAGUCUGGAGCUAGAGCCAAAGCUAGUGGUGGCCUGAGGGCACUGGUGGUGGGAGCCAUGAGUCCCUAACAUCUUAUACUUUGACACUCCCUUGACAGCAGCUCCCUGGCAGACUGGAAGUGAGGUGGCAGCCCUAGCUGUAGGGGAAACUCAAGACCACAGGCCAGCAGAUUACCCAUGCAGUCUUAGAACUGCUGCCCCUUUCCUCUGUAUAGCCAGGUCUGUUCCGUCCACAUGGGUGAAGAAUAUUUGGAAUGUCUGCCACCCUGUGUUAUCAUCCCCACCCUCCAUCCCUCAGAAGACAAUCAAGGGUCUGCUAUAUUCAUAGGAGAAUAGUUAAAACCUUUCUCCUCUUACUCCCACCAUGAUGCUAUAUGUGUAGGGAUGUGUUCACAUGUGGACUCAGGGAAGCAUACGUGAGGUCAGCCACAGCACUGGGUCACAUCUGUUUUAGACAAGGUGCCUCUAAAACACAAGGGAGAGAAGUGUAGGUUUCAGACUUCAUGUGCCUAGAUCCAAGGUCAAGAAUGUAAUAUUUUUCUGCUAAAACUGUCUUAAUUUCUGAAAAUCUGUAAGUCACUGUGGUUUGCUGUGGAAUUUUGUAGUCCUAAUAUUGUAUCAUUGUGCUGUCUGAGAAACAACUUGAAUCUAUUUUGUUUUUGUCUUUUGUUACAGAUAAGGCAGCUACACCUUAUACUUUUUGCACCUGUUUUAAUUAUGAGAAGUAUGUGCCCUUUACAAGGUUAAUUUUUCUUAAAAAACAUCUUCACUAUUUGUACAAAACCAGAUUUUAACAGCUGAGCUGCUAGAGUCACUGAACAUUGUCACCUUGAGAAUGUAAAUAGAACUGCAAGUUAAAAUGACUCGUUACUUCCGUUGCUGAAUUGCUGCAAUAAAGCUUCGUGACUGUGUCUCCACCUUGAAACCAAAGGUACCUACCACCAAGCCUGCC